AUGAUGAACCAUCGCAUGCUCUCAAAAGAAGACGAGGCCGCUAUCGGCAACUCAGAGGACACCGAAGUGCGCCGUGAGGACCAAGAGAAAAUCAACCGCUUCAGUCGUCUUCACCAGCGUGAGACUGUUCUCGAAGAGAAGCUGAAGGGGAAGCAGAAAGACAAAGAAGACUUAGAAGAGAUCUCAACAGAGCUAGAGCUUGCCGAUGAGGAUGAAUUGAUUCCAUACAAAAUCGGAGACUCAUUCGUCCAUCUUCCACUAGAAGAAGCGCAGACGCUUCUUGCUUCUUCAACAGAGCAGAUUGAUUCUGAAGUCGCCAAGCUGGAGGAAACGCUGAGUGAUCUCCGCGACGAGAUGCAGCAGUUGAAGGUUGCUCUGUAUGCCCGGUUUGGACGGAGUAUCAACUUGGAGACCUGA